GUGAAUAAACACGGACCAAGUAGGCUAUAUAGCCUAACUAUGAAAUAUCCCAAUAGCUUUUUUAAACCCAUAGAUUGUGGAAUCAUCUUGUUUGAAAGUCAUUUUUUAUUUAUUUCAAAAUGUCUUUAAAAAGUAGCUUAUUUAAAAUCUUUAAUGUUUGCUGAUGGAGCGAAAAACAAGCCUGUUUAUCUAAGCCUUUUUGCAUUGUGUCAAAUCUGAGAAAAGUAUCAGUCGAGGAGCAUUUUACAUGUACAAAGUCCAACUUAGAAAUCAGGUUUUGUCCUGAAGUACAGCAAAAAAUGAGAUUACUCAUCAAACAUUUUCAGACAGGGCAGACUGGUUAGCCAUGACCGUCUCACUUGUGCAUGCCAGCAGAGUUUUCCGGAAGAGUGCAUUUACUGUACCACGUUUUGCUCCAAGCUCCUCAGAGUAUAGUAGAUUCCAGUGCAUAGUUUGUAAAUCCCAAAUUUAAAACAAUUCCUGCAAAAAGACGAUGAGUUCUCUGCAACUUGUGAAUCCCAGGGUGAGGGGGAUCAGAGGGUCUCCACACAGUGGACUGCAGAGUCUGGCUGCACGCAUCACACAAGAGAUCACACAGGGGGCGCAGAAACCUUUCAAAGGGGUGAUAGAUGUCAGCUCAGGUGAUCCACACAAAGCAGGAGUGAAACCCAUCUCAUUUGUUCGCCAGGUCUUGGCAGUAUGUCUGCACCCUCAGCUGCUGAAAAACAAAACCCUUCCUCUGGAUGUCAGGAUGAGGGCCCAGAGGCUCCUGGAGGUCUGUGAUGGAGGAAGUGUGGGUUCCUAUACAGCCUCCUCUGGCAUGCCUCAUGUCAAGCAAAGCAUUGCUGAGUUCAUCACGAGACGAGACGCUGGAGUGCCUUCACACGCUGAAGACAUCUUUAUCUCUGCUGGUUCUCAAAGGGCCCUGAUGGUGGUUGUAAAGCUGCUGGCCAGUGGGGAGGGGGAGACUCGGACAGGCGUGUUGACCCCGAGGCCCUGCCCACACACCCUGCCCCCGCUGCUGGAUGAGGCCGGGGUGACACUGGUGCCGUACCAGCUGAUGGAGGACCGAGGCUGGGCUGUAGACCUGGACGAGCUGCACCGAGCUUUGAAGACCGCUAGGGGGCGCUGCGAGCCCAGAGCUAUUUACAUCAGCAACCCAGGAAACCCCACAGGUCAUGUGCAGGACGGGAAAUCAAUAGAGGAAGUGAUUCGGUUUGCAGCAGCGGAGAGGCUCCUACUGUUGGUUGAUGAGGUGUACCAGGACAGCGUGUAUGGACAGGAGAAAGAGUUUAUUUCCUAUAAGAGAGUUCUGUUUGAGAUGGACAAAGAGUACUCAGAGACAGUGCAGUUGGUCUCCUUCCACUCUAUAUCCAGCGCCUGCAUGGGAGAGUGCGGUCUGAGGGCAGGAUACAUGGAGCAGGUCAACAUGGACCCAGAGGUGACGCAUUUUGUUGAUACUAUGCUGUGUACUGAUAUCAGUACUCCAGUCACAGGACAGCUUGCUCUGGAUCUCAUGGUCAACCCACCAAAACCUGGAGACCCAUCCUAUGACACAUACACACAGGAGAGUCUCCUCACUUUGGCCACUUUGUCCCAGAAUGCUCAGCGGGUUCAGGAGUUUCUGAAUGAUCUACCAGGCAUGAGUUGCCAGCCAGCGAUGGGGGGAAUAUACCUUUAUCCCUGCCUGCAUUUACCAUCUGAGAUUAUAGAGAAGGCCAAGAAAUUGGAGGUGGAGGCAGAUGUUCUGUACUGUCAGAUGUUACUAGAGGAAGAAGGCGUGUUCUUAGGAGCAGGAUGUCAGUAUGAUGGAACAACUGGAAACCACCAUCUGAGGUUAAGUAUCCUUGUUCCUCCUGACACCCUGGAGGAGGUCUUGGAUCACCUUGGCUCCUUUCACCUUCGCUUCGUACGGGACAAACUUCCUCGCCCUGACGGAGGUGUGAAGGACAGAGACAUGGGGGAAAAUCUCAGGCCCUUUUCGACCGCAGGAACUUUCCCUAUGAACUAACCUUUUAAGGGACCUCGUUCUGUCUUGUGAAGGGCUCAUUCCAUGGGUCUGAAUCUUGUUUCAAAUACAGAUCUCCUUUAAAAACAACACUUAAAGCAACACUAGAGAACUUUUCCCGCUUCGGUCCCCCUACAGGUUGAAAGCGGAAUUGUC